AUGACAGAAUGCUACCCACCUGAUCAGGUGUCUCAGUUUGACCUAGUAAAAGGCCGGACGAAGACGUUUCUCUGGCUGCUGCGCUUGCCCAGUCCCUGCUGCGCCACCGGCUGUCUCGCCGUGGACGGUUUCUGGACAUGGAGAUAUAAGGGUGACCGAGAAACGAUUGUCACACCAGAGAAGAAGGCUGGAGAGAAUGACAUGGCUACCCCAAAGGGACAAAACACUGAGGCGAAGGAGGAGGCAGAGUUGGGCCACUUCAAGGAGGAGAUGGCGAACGAGGAAGACCUCCCCACGAUGGACACCCCCACUGUCUUCAACAUCAGCCCCUUCAGCAGCCUGCAGGGCUCCGGUCUCCCUCAGGACUUGGGACCCUCUGCCCAGGACCCCCAUGUGCCCUCUGAGGCGUUCGCCCCGCUCCCCAAAUACAAGGCGCACGCCCUGCACGCGCCCCAUGGCCGUAGGAUGUCCAUCGUCAAAGUGCAGCCCUUUGUCCACGGAGAAGACCUGUCAGAUGCUAAGUCUCUGUGUUGGCCAUACAUACCGCGUCGUUUGCUAGCACUUCUGAUCGUCUUUUGUGCAUUUAUAGCAGUGACUCUGGUGGUAGGCAUUGGUCUUGGAGUGGGUCUAAGCUGCUCCGGAAAGUUCCAGUGUGUGUCUUCAACUCAGUGUAUCAGUAGAUCUGCUCUUUGUGAUGGAGUCCAAGACUGCAGCCAAGGAGAGGAUGAACUCAACUGUGUACGUGUGAGCGGGAGACACUCUAUCCUGCAGCUGAGUAGGGGGGGCGUUUGGAGGUCUGUGUGCUGGCAGAACUGGAACCCCAGCCUGGGUCUCUCCGCCUGCACCCAGCUCGGCUACACCAGCUAUGUGAAUUCCAGUUCCAUCCCUUUGUCCUCUGUUGAGUCAGCCUUCCAGAAGGACACUGUGACCCUUGACCCCCACCUCCCUGUACCUCAGCCAUCCCUCAAAGCACACAACAGCUCCUCCCUCAGGAGCGUUCAGUGCAUAUCUGGCUUGGUGACGGCACUUAAAUGCAUAGAGUGUGGUAUCAGGCCAGGUCUCAGGAGCCGGAUUGUGAGGGGGAACAUGUCUGUCUCGGGGCAGUUUCCCUGGCAGGCCAGCUUACAGUAUCAGAGCCAGUACAUCUGUGGAGGAUCAGUGAUAACAAAACAGUGGAUAGUCACCGCUGCGCACUGUGUAUAUGGCUUCGCUAGCCCAUCGUUAUGGUCGGUGCGCGUGGGUAUCUCCGAGCAGCCCGUGAGCGGAGCAGGAGAUCUCGCGGUGGCGAAGGUCCUCUACCACGCCGCGUACCACCCCGAGCGUGUCCAAUACGACAUCGCCCUCGUCAGGCUCGCGCAGCCGCUCACGUUCAGCGGUCAGGUGCAGCCCAUCUGCUUGCCUAACUACGGUCAGGAUUUUAGACCUGGAAGUGUGUGCUGGGUGUCUGGCUGGGGAGCCACACAGAGUGGCGGAGAGGUGAGUUCGUCUCUCCAAUCGGCCACGGUCCCGCUCCUCUCCGCUAGACAGUGUGCUAGGCACGGCCUUUCAUCCUGGAGCGUCUGUGCCGGGUACCUGAAGGGAGGAUCCGACACGUGCCAGGGAGACAGCGGCAGCCCACUGGCCUGUGAAGACUCUGUGUGGAAGCUGGUGGGCGUGGCUAGCUGGUCGCAGGGCUGCGGGGGGCGGAACAACCCUGGGAUUUACACCAGCAUAAUUCAGGCCCUGCCAUGGAUACAACAGAAUAUGGAGAAAGAAGAGGAACAAAUGGUUUGAGCAGUUUGACCUACAAGACCCGCAGAUGGGAUCUCCGUCGUUGUACCUCCAUGGAGAACCGAAUCUUACCUCAUGCACUCAUUCCUCUGAACACUAGUUUUUACAGAACUGGUACACAGGGCAGUGACGCACGAUCAGAGUUUAUACGACUUACGAACUCAGUGGAGUUCCGCUCUGGCCCAAUCACAUACAUGUCCUGAAGCAGAAAUAACCAUUUAUCUACAGAUCAACUUGUAAUGCAUUUAUAUUUGUUUCGCGUUUAAUUAAAUGCUAUAUUUGUGUGGCAUUUUUACAAAUACGUAUGUGUAAAGCUGUAUCAAUUUACUGUAAAGCACAUUGGAGUUUUUGUCCAUCGGCGACAAUCACGUCAUAGGAGACGUUUGUGCCUGUAUGUUAACGGUCCGCUUCAGCAAGAACAUGGGAUUUGAAACAAAAAACUAUAGCGCCAUCUCCCCCAAUUUAUUUAUUGUGUUGUUUUUGGUCAUUGUCGGAUAUUUUGAUAUGUUUAAAGACGAUGAACAGCCGCAAGAGCACCGAUUUACACAGCACAGAUUUACAUAACUCGCCCCGAAGCGGGAUGUAUAGAAUAACUCGCACGUAAAAAACAGUACUUAACUGCUGACUUUAUUACAAAACAGAAAGGCAAACAUGAGCGUGUCUGUGAAAAGUAGCAAGCAGCGAGAGUAGCCUGAAACCAAGACAAACAAAAACAGUAGAGCGUUUAAAAGAAAACUUCACCCAAAGGUUUCUAAUAACGAGUAGCGAACGAUAAGGAUACUGAGUGAAUGUAGGUGCAAGUUAACUUUAUUCUGACUAGAUUGCUAGAGAUUGUUAUUAUUAAUGAUUGAAUGGUCAAUUACUGCAUUUAAUUAUUGAACAUUCCGUUAAUCUUCAUUAUCGGUAAUGUCAUAUUAUCAUCUACUAGUAUAAUUGGGUGAAGUGCUGCUUUAAAGCUCCGAGGUAAACAUGCAGCGUGUCGAAGGCCAUGCAAAGCUACGUGAGGUCACACACGCCCACCACAUGACCUCAUCACCUGCGUCACAAGACAACGCCCGGAAAUGACGUCAGAGCCAAUUACCCUGAAAUUGGCGUAUUUCCAGCAAAAACAAAAACAUUAGAAAAAGAACAAGGGAAACAAACAAACGAACAAAAAAACGUUAUAUCAGCUUCAGUUUGAGUGAAUGCGAUAUGGAACAGGAUUGAACUUUUUAAGAACUCUAGCACAAAACUGGCUGACUGUACAUUUCUCGUAAUAGUGUUCAACGUGCGGUUUCAUACACGCCCGCAGACCUACACGUUCUGCUGUAUAUUGUGUUUUGUAAAUAAUAGUGUUUAAUGUGUCUUUACAGCAACAGCGAACAAACCCAUGCAAUAAACUGUCUCCUACUCAAAGCACUAAAUAACCGACUGUGACAGAGAAUGUGCUGGUGAACAUAACUUUCAAUAAAGCACAAAUAUGAAUGCUCAAAUGAUUUACCAGUUGUCCAGUGCAAUAGUGUGGAUAAAUAAAAAAUUGCUGAUGAAAUUAUAUUUAAGCCAAGGGCCUUUCAGGAGUCCACCUCAGCUGGGCCAUCUCUAAAUUCACGAAUCAUUAAGAAGUACAACUCCCUUCUCAAGUGCACAAACUGACCUUUAAACAGGUAAACCCGAUCACCUUUCACGCGUGCCGGUUUCCACGGGGGGUUACAACUGAACAGAAAACGCUGUUGGCAGGACGACGGUGACGUGAGUGAUAACGAGGCCGGUUCUUGUUUUCACAAUACAAAGAUAUAAGGCCUUGUGUUUCCUUCUCGUACUUCAGCUUAUUACUAUUGCAAAAAUCUCUUUCUUGGUAAUUCAGUUAGGAAGCGUUAUCAAAAUUCCCCAAAACUGGGCCUUCAUAUCAAAAAGUGGUUGUUUGGUUUGUUUUUUUUCCUUUCAUUGCCAGCAUAAACUGUCUUUACCCAAAAAAC